GAUCCCGGGAUCGCCAGCGCACGAAGCAGCUUCGCUACUAACUUCGACCAAGGCGUAAUGUUCCCACUAGACUCGCCUACCACAGCCGUUCCCUUUAACUCAGCCCUUGUCACGCCAAACCUUCCCCCGAUGGCUGAAGUGCGGGAACGCAACUCCCAUCUUAUCCCUUCUGCUAGUGCCGCUGCUCGCAGGUCCUCGAUGAACAGCAUGAUGAGUAACGGAAGCGAUGACAAUUCCCAGUAUCUCCUCGCUCCUGAUGUCAAUCGCAUCGGGCAGGAAGUCUCUACUCCGAUGUCCGUUCGCCCCUUCUCGCCGUCAGAAUCAUUCGCCUUCCCUAAGCCUCCCUCACAGAGUGGAGAUGCAGGUCCUUUGUCCAGUGACUCGGCUUCCUUCAGUCCCCGCAUGCUGUCUCCCAAGACGUCCGAGUCUACUCUUGUGCACCCGAUGAACUCCCAGCCUUAUGCGAUGCCCGCGGCCGUUUCCAUACCUACUCUGACACGUCAGACUCCUUCCCCGACCGAACCCACCCCUGCCAGCAACCCGUUCGCUGACCCACACUCGCAACCAGACCCUGUUGCCGCAGCUGCCGAGUUCGCAGCCAUAGAGACUAUCUGCCGACCCUUCGCCCCCACUCUGGAGGAUGAGCUGCGUGUCUCCCCUGGCGACUCUGUUCGUAUCCUGAAGGUGUUCGAUGAUGGUUGGACGUUCGUCGAGCGGGUUGGGUCGAAUGAAGAUGGUGCGAAGGGCUUGAUUCCAGUUGACUGCUUGCGUGAAGCAGGCCAAGCGCUUCCAGCUUUCCUAGCUCAAAAGCGUGUGAGCAGUUACGCAGGUGACAAAUAUAAUUACGAGGAGAUGCUCAGUAACAUGCUGGAGCACGGUACUGCAACGUGAUUGUGAAAACGUAGUGGCCCAGCGGUGUUCUUGCAAACGUGUUUGUUGUCUCUGUGUUAUUUUAUUACUAACCGUUCGAAUAGCCUUAAUUUCGUCAAAACAAUAAUCGUUGGAGUCUGACUUUCAUCACCCCUACACACACCAUCGACUAUUCACACACUACCCCCCACACGAGUUCGCACUUCUAGAAGGACAGGAAUAAAGGAUCGUUCGUACAUAUCACACCGCUCGCUUUUGUCAGGCGACCUUACUCUCGAUCUCACUGGAUUCACUUCUUCUCAUAAUAGCUGCUAAACUUUAUUCCUUUUUAUCACAUUUCUGGAUGUGUAUACCAAAUUUCUCCGAUUUUUCUUCGUUGCCCAUGUAUUUUUUCGCCUACCCAGAGACUAGAAACCUUUUCAGUUCUUUCAGGCUUUGUUUCCCUGUUACUCUUCUUAACUCUUUGAUUCUUGACUUGCGUAUAUACUUCUUAAAUUCGUUAGUCACUGUAGGCGAGUCUCGCUGGCGAUCUUUUCGCCGCAAGACUCUGGUCUAUUUUCUAUGCCCCCCCGCGAUAUGUCAUACUACGUUGUUGUUUGUGGAAAAAAAUUGUAGGGAUCUACCACCCUGA